UAGAUUUCCCUCUCUUUCUCUGGCGAACUGUGAUGUGAAAAUGGCGGACGAAUCAUCAUAUUCGAAGCCUUCUUCUCCCCCGAGUGAUUCGUACAUUGGUAGCUAUAUCAGUUUGACGUCAAAAUGCGAGAUGCGGUAUGAGGGAGUACUUUAUUAUCUCAAUCCACAAGACUCGACCAUUGGCUUGAAUAAGGUGAGGUCUUAUGGAACCGAGGGGAGAAAGAAAGAUGGGCAUCAAAUACCUCCUAGUGAUAAAGUUUACGAAUACAUUCUAUUUCGAGGAUGUGACAUCAAGGAUUUGCAAGUAAAGCCAUUUCCUACUCCUGAGGAGGAUACCAGUAUAGACGACCCUGCUGUGGUUAUUCAGUCAGCGCAUAGCAUGGGGGGGACUGCAGGUUCAUUGAGAUCAUCGGCCUACAUUAGUAGUGGUGGGUCCAUGACAGCUCCAGAUUUUAGUCAAGAAAAUAGGGUGGUCAAUCCUGUCACACUGGCUUCACAUCAAACUGGUACUAACUCUAGUCAAGUUAGUUCUUUACAAAUAAGUCCAAAUGCAAAUGUUGCAUCUGCUGCCCCACAACGUUAUUUCGAAGGAUUUGAUGGAAACUCAACUAGUGAAUCAUACAUACAGAAGCUACCUAAUCCAUUAGUGCCUACGAAUCAGCUUCCACCUCAUCCAGUGCAGGUUUAUGAAGAAAUGAGUCUAUUCCAAAAUCCUAUUGGAUUCAGUUCAUCUUCCCUUCCUACUGCUAAUUCUGUACAGUUUAAUAUGCAACCUCCUCCCGAUCCGAAUGAGCAAUACAAUCUGGUUGAUAUCUCUAUGCCAUCCACUUUAAAGACAUCUGUUUCAUCUCAUCUCACUCCACUAACUGGUAAUACAGUGGACAUGCCUUCUUUUUCUACAUUCAAUCAAGGCAUUGGAUGUCCACUUGUUUCUGAAGCUGAUUUAGGGUACGCCUAUAGUUCAUUUCCACCUAUUCCAGACUUCACAACAGGUCAAUUGUCUGAGGAAGGACCGAAUUUUUUAACAACAGAUCAGUUGGGUCAUCUUAGGCCUCCUGUGCUGUCAACUUUGGACAAUAUCUAUGUUGAUCAGAAAAAUAUGGAUUCUAUUAGUGCUUCAUCUUCAAUAACUGCACCAGAAGUUCCAGUGGCAUUCUUGCCAUCAAAUCUCCCUGGAAAACAGUCGUUUUUCACUGAAGAAUUUGAUUUUGAAGCAAUGAAUGAGAAGUUUAAAAAGGAAGAGAUAUGGGGUUACCUUGGAAGCACUAGACAAAGGGAAAAAACUCUAAGUGUUUCCUCUCCUCAAAACUUGGGUAAUGAAGGAUUGUAUGGAUCAGAACUACUGAAAAUUGAUAGCAAACCUGCUUACAACAAGGAAGAGUUCUUUGACACAUUGUCAAAGGCCUCUUAUAAUAAGCAUGAGUGUUUCAACACACUGUCUGGUAAUACGCACAUGCGUGGACCAAGGAACGGACCACCUAGGUUUUCUAAUCGAAUGAAGAUGGAUAACGAGACUUUUAGCAACUUCAACCAGAGACAUUAUGCUGGCUACGAUGCUCAUGAUGAGACUUACAGAAGCCCUCACAAUUGGGGAAGGGAUUAUAACCAUGAUGGAAGAGGAGGCGGUGAAGAGUAUUAUCCAUAUAAGCUUUGAGUUAUGUUGCAUGAAGAAUAAUGUGGGCAUGUAUUCCCUGGUUUUAUAAAAUCUAAUGCAGGUUUAUUAUUUUCUUUCUGGUCAAUGAUUACAUGUUCUCUUAUCCUCAUGAAUACUAUAUUAUUAAGCAGGAGGUUUAUUACU